AUGGCCUCCACCGCACCACCCUCCCUCCCUGCCCAAAACGAGCUUCGUUCAUGGCAGGCCUCGAACGAGGACAAGUAUCGCCAGACCGUCCUCUUCCUACCCGACGACCGGACCGAAGAUGACAUUGACAACCAGCUCUUGGAGGAAGCAAAGGUCUUGGGCGUUUCUGCCUGGGAGGUUUCGCCCAUUCCUCAGGUCGCCGAACAGCUCGACGAGACCGACGACACGAGCUCUACCCCAAGCCAGUAUGCGGUUCCGCCUACAGCCACGACCUCCCCAAGUCGCGUGCUAGCUCUAUCCUCGAUGACCUGGCCGUUGAAAGCCCGCCUUCCGAGCAGCAGGCACUCUAUCACCUCCUUGUCAACAUGUCCCACCACCUAUAGCUGCAGUGAACCAGAGCAUAGGCGAUCAAUCACCGAUUACCGACCAAGCAGACAUUCUUUGAAUCUAGAAGGCUUGGAUAGGGGUUUCAAAAUCGGCCUCAAGCAUGCCAUCGCUCGCAUUCCAAACUUACGGCGACGAAAAGCGGACACCCAGUCCUCCCCUCCUAGACCUGACCCUAGCACAAAAGCCUCGGCAGACGGGAUUCACAUUAUUGGAGAUCAUCAGAAACCGCGAAAAGUGGAUAGCACCACCUGUUUCUCGACGAGCAAAGUUUGCCUGGCCCCAGGCGACGACGAAUCACUGAAGAGGACUUUGGCUUCGCAGGAGUUAAGCGACAUGCGCGCCACACACGAAAUUCAAAUGAAGAGAUACCUAGUAUUUCGAAAAGAGCUUUUAGACUUCAUUGGGCAAAACCAUCGCCUCCUUUCACAAGAGCAAGCACAAAAGCAUGAACAAUCAGAAGAAAUAUUGGUUGCACAGAACCACGAAAAAGCCGCCCGCUUAGAAGAAAGAGACUUAGUAACGGAGUUAGCGCUAAUCGAUGAGUUUAAACGCGAGAAACAUGUUUUACAAAGCCGCAUCCGCCACAUGGAAGCAUAUUUUACCACCCCACGCCCUGAGGAGGACUGCGAUACGGAUACCUUGCAAUAUCCGCGAGAAUAUGGCAAGGAGUACAGAGAUCGUUUAAAACAAAGACAACAUGAGCUUGCGACGAUAGAUUCCCUCCACGAAUCCAAAAUCAAAGUCCUUCGAGAUAAACAAGCAAAGCAGUACGAAGAAAUUCUCAAAAAAUCAGAACAUGCUCUUGACCUUUUAAGAGCGGCGAAUGCUAGUGAACUGUCCAAGCUGGAGAGCUGCUACCUUGAAGAGAAAGAUGCCGCGAUUACCUGGCUAGAAACCAAACGAACUAGACUAAAAUCAAGGUGGCUCCUUGAAGAAAGCAUCAUCCGUAAAAGACUUGAACUGAACACCCAAGAGUCCUACGCCGCCCUACCAGAGCUAGUGUUUGCCGCAAUUCAAGAAGAUAAUCUGAUAUUGGAGAAGCAGCAUAGUAACGAAAAAUAA